UAUCGCAUCGCGGCACCGAUCGGCGUCGCGACGGACCGAAUAUCGUGUAAAAUUUUUUGGGUCAACUUAUUUUAUUUUUUUAUUUUUUUAAUUUUUGUCGGGGUCGCGGUGGUGCGCAGCUGUGUGAAUUUUUGUGGGAUUUUUUGAGUAUUUUUUUGGAUGAGUUUUUGGAGGAAUUUUUGGAAGGAGUUGUGGUGAGGCUAGACAAGAUUCAAGGACUCCGUCAAGGAUUUAGCAAAAUUAGCAAAGAUGAAGAAUAUUUUGGCGCAAUCGCACGAUCAAAUCCAAUCAGAAAUCUUCUCCAAAGACAAAGUGUACCUGAAACCGCGAGAGUAGUGACCCACAAGUGAACCGCGAGGGUGGAAGGAACGAUAAACGGGGCACCACCAGACACAAUGAUAGUGAAUGCAAUGGCUUCAUUCUCGGCGACUUUGACUGCAACCACCAACCUACCGAUCCUGCAAAACGCCACGCUCGCUAAUCGCACAAACGUGACCAACAUCGAGAACCCGCAUCCCGAUUGGACUGAUCUGGUGAUCCUGAUACUGAAAGGUUUCAUAUUCGGCACGAUAAUCGUGAGCGCCGUGCUGGGCAACGCGCUGGUGAUCAUCAGUGUGCACAGACAUAGAAAAUUGAGGGUUAUCACCAACUACUACGUCGUCAGUUUGGCGAUGGCUGACAUGCUAGUGGCACUGUGCGCGAUGACGUUCAACGCUAGUGUAGAACUGACCGGUGGCAAAUGGCUCUUCGGGCAUUUCAUGUGCGACGUCUGGAACAGUUUGGACGUUUACUUUUCGACCGCCUCGAUCUUGCAUUUGUGCUGCAUCAGCGUGGAUCGGUACUACGCGAUCGUGCGACCUCUCGAGUACCCGAUCACGAUGACCCAUCGCACCGUCUCUUUUAUGCUCGCCAACGUCUGGAUGUGGCCGGCGCUGAUCAGCUUCACCCCCAUAUUCCUGGGGUGGUACACGACGAACGAGCACAUUCAAUUCAGAAUCAAGAACCCGAACGUCUGCAUGUUUGUGGUCAACAAGUACUACGCGUUGAUCAGCAGCUCGAUCAGUUUCUGGAUACCGGGAGUCGUCAUGGUCACCAUGUACUGUAGGAUCUACAAGGAGGCGAUCAGACAGAGGAAGGCGUUGUCGAGGACCUCUUCGAACAUAAUCUUGAACUCGAUACAUCAACAUCGAACGUCGUACCGGGAGCGGUUUGGUGAACACUAUUUGCAUCCGUCUGAUGGUGAACUAACAACUGUCGGUCAGAUCAAUGGUAGGAGGAGCACCAGCUCUGGUUCUGCUGUUUCCUAUGGUACCACCGUGACGGAAUUCAAUACCGCUUUGAACACCAGGGAUAACAGCAAAGCUGCCACCGAACUAAACAUGAAUGGCACGACGAUCCGGCAACAAUCGAAAAGUUGGAGAGCGGAGCACAAAGCGGCGCGAACGCUUGGUAUAAUAAUGGGCGCUUUCAUGUUGUGUUGGCUCCCGUUUUUUCUCUGGUACGUGAUAACGACGCUGUGCGGCGAAUACUACUGCCCGACGCCGGACUGGCUGAUUGGCAUGCUGUUCUGGGUGGGCUACUUCAAUUCAGCGUUGAACCCGCUGAUCUACGCUUACUUCAACCGGGACUUCAGGGAGGCGUUCAAGGACACGCUGCUGUGCGCGAUGCCGUGCUGCUUCUCCUGCUGGAAGACGCCGGCCAGGUUCCUUUAGCCGCAGGACGCUAGUCCGGCCUACCGGGACGAGAGACUGUGAUUGUAAAAUUUUAUGGCAGACGAUUAUUUUUUUCUUAUAGGCCAUUUCUAUGCUUUUAGGAGAUUACGAUGUUGCAGGAUGUUUACUGGGACAUUCGGUUUGUUCAAGGAUAAUAUGUUUUGGCAUUUUGGUUCCUAGGUAACAAUAAAUUUUCACUUGAAAUGUGUGAAUUUUCUCCGAUCGGUUAAGUUUUUUUUAGUACAAAAGGACUGACUAGUUCGUAGUUCUUCCAAAUGCCACGGACACAAAGCCCAUUCAGGCAUUCCUAAGUAGAAAAAACAUCAAAGCUAAAGGUAUUCGUGGCAGUCGAGAAAUCUAAUUCCGUUUAUCCAUCUUCCUUUUACCUUUUCUUACACACCAUGAUUAUUGUUGAACAACUCGAUCGUCUCAAGACUAAAUAUAAUAAUUAUUUCCGAAAUUGCUGUACUUUUUAGACAGUGUAAUUGCCUGAAGUAAUAAACGCAAUGUUUAAUCCAGGUGAUCGCUUACGUUACAUGUAAUAUUUCACUUAACCCUUUGGCCUCGUUGGACCUUGACAUUUUGUGGCCGUUGAAUUAUUAAACUGUUUAGAAAUCAAUCGAUAGUGUUUAAAGAACAAUCAGCUGUCGUUUAAUCUGCAAAAAUUAACAUUUCCGUCGUUCCGGGCGGACGUAAAAACAUUCUGAUUCGAUUAAAAUUGAUUUCUGAAACCACCAUCAUAGACCAAACGAAUGCAUCGACAAAACUGAAAAAUAAAACAAUAAUUAUUGUACUACAACAGCAGCAAAAAAGGUAAAAUGAUUUCCGUCACGCAACAACUGAACGUGGAAUAAACGUAUACAAAAGCAAUAACUUAAGACUCAUAGUUUUUCAUGUGUCAUCACUCAGAAAAUACGUAAUUACUGCUUAAAGUAAUUAGGAAAAAUAGGAAUAUUUUCGAUUUGUAUUUUUUCUGAUUGCUCAAAAAACUAAUAUAAACUGAAUCACUGUUUUUCUGUGAUAUUGCAACAUAUAAUAAUUUAUAUUCAUUAAUUGUAAAUAAUUUUUUUAAAAGAAUGUGUGAUAUACCGAUGUGAUUUUAUUUUUGUAAAUAAGCAUUUGUGUUUUGCAUAAUGGACAAAUAUUGUAUUGAUAACUGAAAAUGUAUUUUUGUGUUAGUCGAUAGGUUUUCGUACAAAAAAAAGUGGAGUUUAGAAGUUUUGCUGUCUUCCUUUUCAAUUUUAAGGCGCUCAAAUGUAUUUUUUUAAAUGGAAAAAACGCAUAACCUGUAAAAAAAUUUAUUGGAGUCAAAAACAAAACAAUUUGGAAAUGUACAUACACCAUUGUGUUUUUUGUUUAGUUGCCAAUUUGAUUCAAUACGGAAAAAACGACGCUUGCAAAACUAACUAAAAACUGAAAACAUUUAAUUAACAAAUAUUUUGCACCCGUAAUUUAUCUGGAUUCAAUCAAAUAUUCAACUGUGUUUCUGACUGAUUUGUAUUGUAUUGAUUUAGUUAAAUUUGUUGGAUGUAGAAUAUUUAAAUGUAUAAAAAUAUAGAGAUAUAUAAAUAAAUAAAAUAAGUGUAAUGAUAUUCUGUAAACUUGUGUUCAUUCCAUUGAUGUGUAUAAAAAAUUAUGAUGAUUUUGUAU